UUCCUUUUUUGCCUCUAAUUUGGCGCGAAGUUGUUAUCUACUGUGUCUGCUGAUGUUUUAGACAGAGCUAUUUGUCCGUUUGUGCUGUUUGAGUGUUUGUGUGUGUGACUGAUGUCUACUGGCAGUUUAAACAGUGCAGAGUCGAAACUCUGAAGUGGCUCCCGCAGUGACAGCCAGCGCGCGGCUCUCUUGACGGAUCAUCUGCCUCGCGCUGCGCUGCCGCGUUUGAACCAGCGGGACGGACAGCAGCCUGCCUCCGCGCGCUGUAGCUUCUCCAUGCCGCACUGACCAGAGUCAUGUUGUGAAGCUGUAAUAACGCUCGCUUUACGAACGUUACACCGAGGGGGGGGAAUGAUGAUUUUGAGCGGUGUAAAGGCUGCCCAGAGCCCGCGUACACGGCUCUCGUGCGGACAGAGGUGUCGGUGUGAGGGCAGCACUCUGCUUGUAAACGCGCUCUGAUUAUAAUGCUACUUUGUACGUUCAAGUGUCAACACAGCCGUGUGGAGGCGGCGGCUCGCGCGCGCUGUCAGACAAACUUUGCUGGCAGCAUGGCAGCCUCGGGUUCAGGAUGUAUUUGUUACUUCGCGGUCGCUCCGACGCUAAUUUGCUCCAAUGGAGCGCAAAAAGGGCUGCGGCGAACAAGCCCCUCUGUUACCAUACAUUUGUGCCGGAAACAUCAGCGUCAAUGUGUUAGUGUGUGUGUUUUUUUCCACGGUAGAGGCUUCAAGACACCUCGUCGCACCAAGUUGCGUUUCCACCGUGACACCGCACUGCGUGAUAAGCUCGACCUCCUGACUACACCAAGUUGAGCUGUUUGUUCAGAGAUGCGCUCAGAGUUGGCUUCAUGCAAAGUGGUAUUUCUGUCACGGACUCGAGAGUUUCGGUUAAACAGUGUUCACGCGCAGGAACAGGUCCAAUCAGAGCGUGUUGAGGUCCAUGAAAUGUAGUAAAAUCAGAGAUGGAAUGAAGACCCGCUAUUCGGGCUGACAGAAAUACGCGUGCUGUCAUUUUGAUGAGCAAAACUGUGAUGGGGCAGAUUGAAGUUAAAGCUAAACUUAAUCACUUAACAAUUCAUCUGAAACCGCAAUUGUUUCUGAAACAAUAACUGCUUGUUUGACCCCAACUUGGUGAUAAAUCACCACCUUUUUUUGAUCAGAGUAUAUCGGUAUAUUUAGGCUGUUCUCUGCUUCUAUUUUCGGACGUGUCCAGUUACAGACUUCACAUCCACUUGAAAAUAGCGUCAUAAAUCCUCCCGCGCGUGUUAUAAAGUCAAUUCCGCCCAGAGUUAGUUAAAUAAUAGUUUUCACCCGCUUCAAAGUAAUUGACCUAGAAAGGCACUACAGCACAAACAGAAUGAGGGAGCAGUGAGCGCUGCUGGGCUUCACAACAACACGCUGUCACAGGUCUGAUCAACAGGGAAACAUUGCUCAUAGGCUCCAACCAGCAGUUUAUAGUAGACGUUCAAUCGAGGACAUCCUGCGGUUUAAAUUAACAUUCAUAGUUUGGGCGUUAUUUGUGUGGCUAAAAAGUUUUGAGUAAUAAGUGAGCUGCUUGUUGAAACUGUUUUCCUGCUUUUAUCGGCUGGUUCACAGUGAGCCGAGUUAAACCCGACCCCGCCGCGCUGAAGCCAAAGAGACUCAACUUUUCUCCUGUUAGACUGAAUUCAGAGAAAUCAGUGGACAGAGCGAGUUGAUGCUCCUUCUGAUGCGCGAUCAAUAAAACCGCCAAAAUAAUGGGUUUUAAAAACGUACACAGGUCAUCUAAUUGCGUUUUUUUUAAAUGAAUUAAAUUCUCUAUUUCCGAGAAAUUAUAAAAAAAAUACCGUUAUUACAAGAUUAUAUCAUGCAUCCUUUAGUCUGCGCCAGUCUGUUUAGAAUACGAUAGAAAUGUCGUUCAUCUUCAUUUGUUGUAUUGACUUGACAACCGGUGGUCUAGAAGGAGAGACAGUGAGGGGGAGACAAAUGAUUCCAAAAGGUUGAAAUUUAAAUGUCUAGACGGUGUUUAUUUAAUAAAUGGCGCCGCCUUCUGGAGGACCGGCGGUAUCUGUUUAAUUUGACAAAAUGGCUUGCGCAGCAGACAGCUGCAUACAGUUCACACGCCAUGCAAGUGAUGUCCUGCUCAACCUGAACCGGCUGCGUAGCAGAGAUAUUCUCACCGACGUCACCAUCUUGGUUAACAGGCAGCAGUUUCGUGCACACAAGACGGUUCUCAUGGCUUGCAGUGGGCUGUUUUACAGCAUCUUCACCGACUCCCACAAGUGCAACCUAAACGCCAUCAGUCUGGACCCAAAGGUGGACCCAGAGGGCUUCGCCAUCCUGCUGGAGUUCAUGUACACCUCCCGCCUCACGCUAAAGGAGAGUCUGAUCAUGGCCAUCAUGAACACGGCCAUCUACCUGCAGAUGGACCAUGUCGUGGACACCUGCCACAGAUUCAUCAAGUCCAGUGAUCCGUCACUUAAGCUGCCCAGAGACGAGUUCUUGGUCAGUCCCUUGGUCUUACCUCAGGAUGUCCAUGCUUACCGGCCCCACGAUGUUGUCGACAGUUUGCACAGCCGCGUGGCUCCGUUCAGGGAUGGGAGGCCCUACGGCUCAAACAUGUUCAACGGGGUCGGCACCCCCAGCAACUACCAUCUCUACGGGCAGUUUCCCAUGCCAGGAUUCCCUUUCCCUCUCUGCAAGCUGGCCGACGCCAAAAACGCUUUUGCCGACCUCUCUAAGAGCGGCAUCCACCACAAGCACUGUUCUCCGCAUGAGAGCGCCAACAUCAUCCGGGCGGAAUACACCAGGGCGGUUGGCGCCGGCUCCUCCGGCACCAUUCACUCCACCACCUACGCUUCCAGGGAGCUAGGGAGGCACGACGAGAUGCGGAGAGAGAGCCACGAGGGGGUCGGCCAGUCCAUCGCUCUUGGCACAAGGAAGCGCGCGUUUCCCGCGUUGACUCUGGAGCACCAGAGAGACUCGGGAAAGGAUCACGCCCCCCAGGCGGAGGAGGACCUGAUCCAUCACCACUACCCGCUGGGGAUCUCCUCCGCUGGACGCAAGGGCCUCAUGAGCAGCCCGCAGAGCCCCCUCAAAUCAGACUGCCAACCCAACUCCCCGACGGAGUCGAGCAGCAGCAAGAAUGCCGGCCUCUCCCAAGCCGGCAGUGUGCAGGCUCCGCAAGGCACGCAGGAGCCCAAGUCCCGCAACUGGAAGAAGUACAAGUUCAUCGUGCUGAAUCAGAGCGCGAAGGAAGAGGAGGCGGGGCUGCGGGACCCCGGGCUCCGUUCACCUCAGCACCUUGGCCUGCAGCCCUACCUCCAACCCAGCGACUCGGAGAACCUCGACCCGCAAGCCACAAGCAAGAGCAGCGAUCACAGCGAGGACCUACCCGUUCCCCAGGCUAGUCGUCUCAACAACAUCAUCAACGGUGCACUGGAGGGUUCACUGAGGAACGGUGACUGCCCCCCUCCACACUACCUGAGCCGGCUGAACUGCUCGUCCUGCGGCACGCCGUCCCCGCAGCACUCCGAGGUCUGUCCCAAGACCCCCCGGUCCCGCCUAGCGGAGGACAUGGCGGAGCUGCACUCGGAAUACUCGGACUCCAGUUGCGAAAACGGUACAUUCUUCUGCAGUGAAUGUGACUCCAAGUUUGCCGAGGACGAGGCGCUGAAGCAGCACAUGCUCCAAGUGCACAGCGACAAGCCAUACAAGUGCGACCGCUGCCAGGCUGCUUUCCGCUACAAGGGCAACCUCGCCAGCCACAAGACCGUCCACACGGGAGAGAAGCCGUAUCGCUGUAACAUCUGUGGUGCUCAGUUUAACAGACCAGCUAACCUCAAGACUCACACUCGCAUCCACUCAGGAGAGAAGCCAUACAAAUGUGAGACGUGUGGAGCUCGUUUUGUACAGGUUGCUCAUCUGCGCGCCCACGUGUUGAUCCACACGGGUGAGAAGCCAUAUCCGUGCGAGAUCUGCGGAACGCGCUUCCGUCACCUGCAGACGUUGAAGAGCCACCUGCGCAUCCACACCGGAGAGAAGCCCUACCAUUGUGAGAAAUGCAACUUGCACUUCCGCCACAAGAGUCAGCUGCGGCUGCAUCUCCGGCAGAAGCACGGCGCCAUCACCAACACCAAGGUCCAGUACCGCAUGACGACGGCGGACAUGCCCACCGACUUGACGAAGGUGUGCUGAGCUGGAGGGAGGGGACUGUUUCAACGGGCGGCAAUCUUGACCUUGGCAUUUAAAAGACCCAAACUUGUACAAUCAUCCAAAAUUGUAGUGCCACACUGUGUUCAUUAGACAAAUAAAUUGGCUGUGUAUGCCAUUCUAAACGGGUUUCCACUACAUGUGAACGUAGAGCCACUUGGGGCGUCUUAGUCACUUUA